UUUACCAGGAAGGGGUCCGAGGAGGAGGAACCGGGUGUUGCUCAGUCUACUGUGGGACCUGGUCUCAAGAGCUGUCUGCUGGGGUCCCCUUAAUGUCCACUGUUCACCCUUCAUCCACCCAGCCGUGGAGGGGACCUUACAGAAGCCACAUCCCCUGAGCCUGCUCCACCAGAGGACACCCUGUGGGCUCACACCUCUCAGAGAGGAAGCUGGAGAGAAGAUGGGCACACAUGCAAGACCUAUACAGGAAGCUUGUCUGGUGCCGGCCAGAGUUCUGGACCGUAGGCUGAUGAUCAAUGCCUUGGGCCACCCAUUCUGGGUAUUUGUUCCAUCAGGACAUGUUUCUGGUGGAGGCCACCAGGGUGGUGCAGGCUCCCCAGGGGAACUCGGAGGCCCAAGUGCAGGAAGGACCCCUGGGCCACUGUGAGGGGCAGCGGAGUUUCCGUCUGCUUGUUUCUUACUCUGGCAGGAUGGUCCCCGCAACGUGGUGGAGAGGUGUUGAUUGUCUGGGCAUCUGCUCCCACAGCCUCCCAGGCAGAGAGGGAAGAAACCAGGUUCCUGGGGGCUGGGGCUAUGGGGCAGGAGGGACAUCCUGUGUCCUGAUGCCACUUUAUCAGCAGGUGCCAGGCAGGGACCUCCAUGGGUGGGGCCAGCAUCUCCCUGGGCCAUUAUCAGUCCGAGAGUCCACAGGACACUCCUUAGGUUAACGUAUAACCAUGCAUGUCUCUUCCACCCCUCAAAGCCAUUGGUGCCCACAUACAGGUCACUCUUGGGGGGUCACUGGCCGAUAUGGAUGCCUGGAAAGGGGGUAUGCCCCCAAAUCCUCACUUCUUAUCCCAACAGCUGUACCUGGGCAGGUCCCUGAGCCCAUUUUUCCUCACCUGUGCUGCCUACUUCAUCCUCUGGAUUCCUGAGGACCCACCGUCCUGGGUUGGCGCCCUGGUCAAGUGCCUGCCUGUGCUGUGCCUGGCGGGGUUUCUGCGGGCAUGCGCUAGUGGGCACUACAGCUCUCUCCUACAGGUGGCCCUGUUGUUUUCAGCCUUCGGAGAUGGCUUUCUUAUCUGGCCUGAGACUUUCCUCUACGGUGUGGCUGCCUUCACCGAGGCCCAGCUCCUGUACGUCUGGGCUUUCGGCCUUACGCCCCUGCAGCCAGGCCUCCUGCUGCCCAUCGUCCUGGCCUCCCUCCCAUUCGGUGGCCUCCUGCUGCUACACCUCUCGCCUGACAAGGCGCUGCCCUUAACAGCCUACAUCCUGGCCCUGGCCACCAUGCUGUGGCGCGGCCUAGCCAGGGGCGGGAGCGCCCACUGGGGCGCCCUGUUCUUUGCAAUCUCAGAUGCUGUGCUGGCCUACCACACCUUCAUCCAGCCCCUGCCCUAUAGCCGCCUGGCGGUCAUGGCCACCUACUAUGCUGCCCAGCCCCUCAAUGAGCGCUACGCUGGGCUCUCCCCAGGACCCCGUCAGCUCCCCUGA